AUGGCUACCUCAUCGAAUUCCUUCGAGGCUACCUCAUCCCAUUCAUCUUCAUCUUCAUCUUCAUCUUCACCGUGUGUUUCUUCUUCUGUUUGUCCUCAUCUUACACUUGGUUCUGGUUCAUGUUCAUGUACCACACAAGUAGGCAAUAAACCGAAACGUGGACACCAAGAAACCAACAAGAACAAGAUCAACAAUGUUUGUCUCCAUCUUACUCUAAGUCUUUGUUGUUGUCUCGAUGACACACAAAUCAUCAAGAAACAAAAAUGCGUCCCACAAGGAACCGGUGCUUCAACUUCAACAACAAACAGCACAUGCAAUGUUGUUGCUGUUGGGACAAAUUCAGAUUGUUCAACCAAUGUUGGUGAUCCAUGGAUGAUCAAGAAGGUGCAAACAAACAGUGAUCUUGAUGAUAAUUGUAGACUUUUGUUAAAUAAUGAUUUGGCUAAGAAGUGGGUGGUUCCUGUGGUGGAUAAAGCUAAAGCUGAGAGUGAUGGAGUCGAAGUUGAAGUGUUUGAUGUUGACACUGGAUUUCCCCUUUCUCUUACUUUCAAGAUACGACCUUAA